GGUGGCUGGCGGGAAUCUGUCAAGUGUUAGGGACGGAGAAUGACUUGAGAAGGUGCUGGGUUACAUGGUUUCAAGAGAGGAUACAAGUAACAGUUCGCCAACAUUGGAGGAACAGAAGGCAUCUUGAAUAUCUGAUGGAGAUGGCUGAAAGAGCGGAGACGGAGUACACAGAAUCUGGCACAUUUUGGGAUUCACCCAGGAGAGGAAAAACAAAAAAUAAAUCAAAGAAAGACAAAUGUCUAAAAAAGGACAAAACCCACAGGACAGAGGUGAAAGAGGCUGGGAUUGAAAAGAAAAAGAAAACCAAAAAGUCCAAAGGUAAGCAGAAGAAGAAAAAGAAGGGGGAAGUAGCGCUGGGAUUACAAGAUAGCUAUUUUAUUUUUGAGGGCAACAGUGCACCUAACCCCGCAAUAAAGCCAAUGAAGUCUGGGGGAAAGUCGACUGUCAAAUUUGCUGUAGAACAUUGCAUUCAGAAACAGGAACCUGUGCCGGUGGUAAGUGACUCAGUGAAGGUACCCAAGAAGAAGGCCCAGAGAAAAAAGAAAGUUGCAUUUGAUUUAUUCCCUGAUUACAUACAAGCAAAACAGCCAAAAGUAGUCAAGUGUUGCACCUCAACAACCAAAGACAAAGCAAAAGACACUUUUCACUGGGAAAGCCCCAAGAGUGACAACGAGAUCAACUUUUCUGGGACUUAUCAGUGGGGAGAGGGGCAAGGAAAUGGGACAGAGUAUGGAAAGGGACAAGACAACUCUCAAAGUACUGCUGAAGAUGCCAACAGUGAGGACCUGUUUAUAACUCAGAAGAAAUUCAGAGUACUAACAUCUUCAGAUCACUCCAGCAGUGGAGGCACUGGUGAAGCCAACACCACAACAGUGCCCAGGCAUACCAAGUCACUCGUAGAGCCAAAAGAGGAGCCACUGCUCUGGAAGUCAAUAUCUGAGGCAGCCACUCAAACAGAGAACUUCUUUACCUCACAGAUCUCCACAUUCCUCAGAUUUCACCAGUCGUGUGGAGCUGCCGAGUGCUCAGAGCAACCUACCGACCUGAGUCUCCCUAACAGGAUGAGGGCAGAGAUGGGCCUACAUCCCCCAUCAUCUCAUAGAAAGGCCAAUGAAGAGGAAACCAGCCCCCCACUUGGCCAGAAGUCAACAGACACAACGUCAAGUGAGGAGAAUGACCCAUUCUGGCGGUGCAAGAGUCAAGUUAAGGCAGUUCAGAUGAGACUGAAUGAAUCUUUCUUCUUUAAGAUGAAGGGCGAGGGACAGUCCCCGAGACCACAAUCUCCCUUGAUGAAACUUACACAGGCCCGUGGUGGGAAGAAAACAAAAAAGUAAGAAGUGAAGUUCUUCAAACCUGAACUUUCCCACAAGAACUAUGGGGGACCCAAAGGUUGAACAAAAAAAGUCAAAAACAAUUUCAUUUCAUUAGUGAUAGUAAUUCACAAGGAUACAUUUUCUUUGUGGUGUUCUUGGUCCUAGGUUCCCAAAAUAGGUUCAUCUUAUAGGUUCACAUGUUAUUCAACAUUCAGUUUCAAGUUUCAUUAAAAACACAUGCAAU